AUGUUUACAUGUAAUGAAUGUAUAAGAACAUUCUCGAAGCAUGCAUCAAUUCGUAACCAUGUCAAAACACAUGCGGUUGAUCAUAUAGAUGAACAGAUACAUAUUGCUUCUGAAGAAUUAAAAAAAAGUACAGAAAAAGUUCGAUAUUCACCAGUUAAACAUUUGCCCAUUAUUGAAGAUAUUAUUGAAGAUAUUAGUGAUCGAGAAUAUGAGAAUAAUAUUGAUAUUAGUAGUGAUGAUAGUGACGAGAUUCUUGGUACAGAUAUUAUUAAUGAUGAUAAAUAUAAUGAGAUUAAUAAUUUAUCUUAUUUAUUAUUUGUUAUUUUAAUUAUGAUAAUAUGA